UGGAUUCAGAUGCGAUUGUUAGCACUAUACACGUAUUAGUCAUAAUUUGAUAUAAGGCCUCCAUCUACGAAGUUAGGUGUAGAUUUGAAUGGACCACAGUCAGUGAAGGCCGUAACCACGAUUCGACGCUCUACCGAAAUACUGAGUUACAUUCUGCAGAAUCACAUAAUAUAAAGAUGUCUUUAAUUAAAAAGAUCGUGGUGUUCCUGUGCGGAGUCAUCUCCCUGGACAUGUGUGCUGCCCAGGUCCUACUACCAGGCUCUUGCCCCAAUGUUUCUGUCGUGCAGGACUUCAACGCGAGUCAGUAUCUGGGCAAAUGGUACGAGCAAGAGAAGUACUUCUUCAUCUUCGAGCUGGGGGGCAAGUGCGUGAUCGCGGAGUACGAAGAUAAGGGCAACGGCACCAUUAGCGUCAAAAAUGAAGAAAUUAACGUUCUGAAAGGCAACAAGAAAACCUCCAUCGAGCUGGUCGGCACCCUAGAGAACCCCAACGAAGGGAGACUGGCAGUAUCUUUCCCACUCGCCCCCAACGGGUUUGCUGCUCCCUACCUCAUAGUAGGCACAGACUACACCGGCUAUGCCGUAGUCAACAGCUGUAUCAGUUUCGGCUUGUUCAAUUUAAGCUACGCGUGGAUAUUAACGAGAGACCAGACCCCUUCAGAUUCAGUAAUGCAAGCCGCGUACGACGUCGUCGACAAAAAUGGAAUAGCCAGAAAAUACUUCUUGAAAACCGACCAGACUGACUGCGAUUCAUCUUGAAUAAUCCAAAUAAUGUUUUUAUGCAUUUAGCUCGAAGACAAAGAUAGCAAUUUUAUUUAGUACCAAACUAAAAAGUGAUUUAAAAUUACUGUAUAUUUAAUUAUUAUUAUUUAUUAAUAUUAUUUACAUUAUUAUAAGAUGACGAGAAAAA